AUGGCAAAACAGGAGGUCUUUUACCUGCACCCGCUUGGAUGGGAGAAUGAUCCGGACGUGGAAAGAAUUAAAGUCUCCACCCUCGACUACAUGACAGCUUGCACGUAUAACAACUACGCCUUGUUCUUCAAACUAGAUGAUGCUGAUAAGCCGAAGGUAGCGGAUGUGCUACAAGCAGGCCUCGAGCGUACUCUUAGUCAAGCACGACACCUUUGCGGGAAGAUUGAGAAGGAUGCCACAGAUGGCUAUUCAUUCGUGAAGAGAAAGGACAGUACGGUCCGAUUCUUCGUCCAGUGGCUUGACUCCCUCGAAGGAAACUUUCCGUCCUUCGAUGAUAUAGAAAAGUCCCACUUCAGUGCCACCACAUUGGGCGAUCUCAACCUCUGGAGUGUUUCUCCCAUGACUUAUGGUGAGAAACCAGAAGCCCACCCUGAUAGGAGCCCGGUAGUGGCGGCUUUCAAGGCCAACUUCAUCCGCGGAGGGCUAGUCUUUAUUAUGCACCACCACCACUACGCCAACGACGUUCUGGGUUGGGCUGGCUUCACCCACCAGCUGGCCGAGAACUGCUAUGCCAUUGUCAACCAGACACCAUUCCCCACUUGGGACAUAGCAUGCUUGGAUCGCUCGCGCCUUACCAAACCGGAAGUGCCCGAAGAAGCAAAAGUAGAUGGCCCGGCUUCGCCUGAGCGUCAUCCGGAUCACACAGUAGCCGUCUCGCUUCUUUUCCACCUACCGAAGAGCAAAGCAGCUGAAUUGAAGCAGCUGGCAAUGCCCACUGAUGGCCCGUGGAUCUCAACUUAUGACGCUUUCUCAGCUUUCAUCUGGCGUACCCUUUCGCGACUCCGCGCCCCUAUCUUCAAGCCGGACAUGUCAUCUAACAUAUUCUGGUCCGAGGCAGUCGACAUGCGCCGCCGUAUGGACAAUCCCAAAGUCCCACCGCGGAUUCAAGGUAACAUCAUGUUCGCGGCCUUCUCUCCCACGGCACCGGUGCCACAACCCACCCUGGCGGAGGUCAUAUCCGAGUGGCCGUUUUCCAAGCUGGCAUCAUAUAUCCGGCAGCUCACCAAUAGUGUUACUGAAGAAAGCCUCAGCAAGGCGCUUGAUAUAGUAGCAACUAUUCGUGACAAGGCGGCUAUGAAUGUCCGAAUUAACUCGUACCCACCCAUGUCCAUACUUCAGACUGAUCACCGUGACGCCAACAUGAGCGCAGCCAAUUUUGGCUUUGCGACACCGGUUACAUAUCGCCAUCUUUUGGACUGCAUAAGUGAGGGUGUCAUCAUCAUCUACCCGCCGCGCACCAUGGAGCCUGGCUCCGACGAGGGUUGUGAGUUCGCCAUUUCAUACGAGAAGAGGUUGGCGCAGGAAUUGAUCAAUGACCCUGAGUGGAAUAAGUUCUUCGAGUACAGGGGAGUAGAUGCUGAAGAUGCAGCCCACUCGAAGCUCUGCAAAGAGUAA